AUAGGACAGGAGUCCCAUUCACCGGAUUCAGAUAUCUGGAGCUCUUACAAUGAUUGUAUCAAAGAUGGUCUGAAUGGUGACUCAAGUGGUUCCUCCCUUGCAGCAAAAGGCUUUAGAAGUGUCCGUCCUAAUUUACAAGAAAAGAAAUCGCCAUCUCAGACUCCAGUCACAGUUAAUGGGAACUCAGGCAGCCCAUCCAGUCACUUUCAGAGGCCAUUUUCUCCAACAUAUCCCUCUCCGCCAUCUCUAAACUCCAACAGCAUUGCCAUGCAGCAGGGCAGAACAUUGGAUUCUGCAGACUCCUACUCCCAGCAGUAUCAGUCAGAAGUUAGCCGAAGCAGCAGCACUAUACCAAUCUGCAGGAUCUCUGAGGAGGAGAAGAAAGUCACACUCAUUAAAGCUCCACACUAUGCUGGGAUUGGACCAGUUGAUGAGUCAGGAAUACCAACAGCAAUUCGAACGACAGUUGAUAGACCAAAAGACUGGUACAAGACCAUGUUCAAGCAGAUCCAUAUGGUCCACAAGCCAGCUUUAUUUGAAAAAUAUAUUUUCUCAGUUAAUGAUUUAAAUGUAUUUUUGACAACAGAAAACUACAUUCCUGCCUAUUCACAUCCUGCAGCAAAGACACAGACAUACCGUCCUCUCUCGAAAAGUAUCUCAGACAAUGGCACUGAUGUAUUGAGAUUGUCAUCACCGCUGCCUCCUCCACCUAUACCUGUGCCUCCUCCGGCUGUGCCUCUCCGUCCUCGGGAGCUGGCCUCUCCUGAGAAGAAUGAAUGGGAACCACCAGAUAGAAAGGUUGAUACACGCAAGUUUCGAUCUGAACCCAGGAGCAUAUUUGAGUAUGAGCCUGGAAAGUCCUCCAUCCUUGAACAUGAAAGACCGGUAAGAGCACAUCAUAUGAGCUGA